AUGAGUUCUACAUCGGUCAAACUCAUUUCAGAAUGCUUGAUUAAACCACUGGACGACCUCUCACCAGAGGCAAAGCAGCCUAUCCAUUUUACACCAUUUGAGCUGUCCUGCCUCAACAUCAGAUACAGCCAGAAAGGUCUCCUUUUCGCAAAACCACCUUUAGCCGAAAAUCAACAUUUCUCCAUAACCACUUUCUUGGAUGACCUCCAACACUCUCUCUCCGCUACCCUCACUCAUUUCUACCCGUUCGCCGCCCGUUUCGCCACUCGAAAACAAGAAAACCCACCUUCAUAUGUCAUCUACUUAGACCCCGGAAACACCCCUGGCGUCAAGUUUAUUUACGCGACUGUAGACGCCACAGUAUCCGACAUACUUAACCCAACUGACGUACCUUUACUUGUUCACUCAUUUUUUGAUCUUAGUGAAGCCAUUUCCCAUGAUGCGCAUACGCUGCCGGUGUUAUCCAUUCAGGUGACCGAGCUUGUGGAUGGGAUUUUUAUCGGUGGUUCUGUCAACCACAUGGUGGCUGACGGAACCUCUUUCUGGAAUUUCAUGGCUACCUGGAGUGAAAUAUUCAGAUCAGGAGGAAAAUAUAACGGCUCUAUUUCUCGCCCUCCUGUGAUCAAGAGAUGGGUUUUGGAUGGAUAUGAUCCUAUUAUGAAUAUCCCCUACAGCCAUCAAGAUCAAUUUAUAGACCGAUUCGAAAUUCAAAUCUUUAAAGAGCGAUUCUUCAAUUUCUCAUCAGCCGCCAUCUCCAAACUCAAAGCAACAGCAAAUUCCGAAUGCAAUACGCAUAAGAUUUCAAGUUUACAAGCGGUUGUCGCGCUUUUAUGGAGGUGUAUCACCCGUGCGCGUUGUCUACCACACGACAAGGAAACCAGAUGUUCAUUGAUGGUGUCUACUAGGAGUAGGUUAAACCCACCUAUGUCUAAUGAUUAUAUUGGUAACCCGGUUCAUUUUGUUAUAGUAAAAGCAACUGUGGGGGAUUUGAUGGCUCAUGGUCUUGGUUGGGCGGCUUUCCGGCUACACGAAGGCGUGAUAAACCAUGAUGAUAAAGCAAUCAAGGAAAGGGUUGAGUCAUGGAUUAGAAGUCCAGUGAUAUAUAAAAUGAGUCAGCUGUCUGAUCCAAACAUUGUGCACGUUGGGAGCUCACCGAGAUUUGACAUGUACGGUUGUGAAUUUGGGUUAGGGAAAGCGGUAGCGGCUCGAAGCGGGUGCACAAACAAAGGCGAUGGGAAGAUUACGAUGUAUCCAGGAAGAGAGGGUGGCGCGAGCAUGGACGUUGAAGUUUGCCUUUUGCCGGAGUAUAUGAAAAAUAUAGAAUGUGACGAGGAGUUCAUGAGUACUCUAAUGAUAAACUAA